AUGCAAUUCCAAAAGUACCUACUCCCGUUGGGUGAAUCCUUAGGCCAUAGCCAACAUUAUGCUACUUGUUAUCUACGUAUCAAAAUUGAAAAUAGUCUGACACUCAAAUCGUUAUCUGAAACAGUGUCGAUCUCAAACCAAAUUCUGGAGAAAAAUACCAAAUUGCUAAAGUUGGGUAAGUUCAAUUCUAACUAUAUAAUACCAAAUAUCCAUCCAUGCUCUCCGCUUACUGCUCCAGUGCCCUACCAUGACCUCAUCAAGCAAAUGAAUGAUGACGGUAAAGAUGGUGACCCAUCAGAACAAUUCUACAAUGCCUUCAUAAAGAAUGUAAAAGUUUAUCCAAAGGACUUGGAAAUUGAUUCUAUAUUUCCAACCAACUUCAAAUUCCUAGCUUCCAAAGUGCAAACAAAUGAUUUCCAUGUAUCAUUGUUACCUAUUUUAAGGUUCGAUAAUGUUGACGAGUCCUCUUUUUUAUUGAGCUAUUUUAAAAAUGAACUGUCAAGCUUUAAAACUCACUCGGUCGACGUUCAUUUCAAUGGCGAUUUACAAAUACUUCCCAAAUAUGAUUAUUCCAAAUUCUUCCUCUCCAUGGUUAUAAACAACCACCAAAAUACGGAGCUGUAUUCUUUACUAAAUCUUGUGUCACGACUGAGAGAAAAGUCGCCAUUUAGGGGUCAUGUAAUAGGUGAAGUAGAUAGUGAUAUUCGAAUUGUAAAUUGGAAAGAAACAUUGCUACAUAUGACUAUAGGGGUAAAUAAUAUUGCAGACUCUAAUUUUGGGAUGUUAGAGUUGGCCUAUUUGAACCAUUUCUUAUCUGCUGUGAAAACUAAGGCCUUACACGUUACUGGUGAUGUUGUCCUAGUUGUGGAUGGAGAAAACAUCUUAUUGAAUUAA